AAUCUAAAAAGAGAGCAAAAAGUUGUUGUGAGAGAGCAGAAAUGGGAAGGAGGCCAUGCUGUGCAAAAGGUGUAAUCAGAGGAGCAUGGUGUGCAUGGGAAGAUGACAUCCUUAAAAACUACAUUGAAAUCCAUGGCGAAGGGAAAUGGACAGACCUGCCUCAAAGAGCUGGGCUGAGGCGAUGUGGGAAGAGUUGCCGACUUCGUUGGUUGAAUUAUCUAAGGCCAGAUAUCAAGAGAGGCAACUUUUCUGAGGACGAAGAAGAUCUCAUUAUCAAACUACAUAAGCUUCUUGGUAACAGUUGGUCACUUAUUGCUCGGAGAUUACCAGGCCGAACUGACAAUGAGAUAAAGAAUUACUGGAACACCAUUUUAAGUAAGAGGAUAAAAAAUUUGACAUCAAAUUCCAAUCCAAGAAUAAAACCGAUUGCUCACCCUGUGUUUUGACCAAAAGCAGUACGGUGCACAAAGGUUAUUCUUCCAUGGCAACCAGAUAAUAAUCAAAUAUUGUUCAAUGAAAAUAUAGUUCCUUAUGGGAAUAGAGAAAACCUAUUUCCUUCAGUUCAGCCGGAGAAUAAUAUCUCUAAUUGCCUAAUAGAUUUGGAUACAAAUUACCUUUUGAGAUCAGAUGUGCAAAAUUCAGAUGGCCACCAAACCAACGAAAUCAAUGUACGUGACAUUGUGUUGGAUUUGCCAGUUUCUGGAUGCGAUGCCAAGCUUAAAGAUUUAAUGGAUGAAGGGAAGCCUGAGAAUUGGAAGGCUACUAAUCCUUUUCAGCCAAAUGAAGCUAUGGAUCUUAACACACUGGCAUCUUUUCUAGAUUCAGAAGAUACAUGGAUUUGUUGAAAGUAAACGAGAUGCAUAACUAAGCCCAUUAUCUAUAGUCAUCUAUGCGUAUC